UGCUGCCUCGAUAAGCGGGCGCUAAGAUAAGUAUAACGCACAGACCAGCUGAAAAUCCCAUCGCAGAUGCCCUGAUGCCUUUUUGCCAGCGAACAACUUCCGCUUCAGAACCCACUCCCUCGCCCACCAGAUCUGCUCCCCAACUACGACACCCGUCGCAGAGACUGUCCUGCAAUCUUCCGUCAAAAUGGCGGACUCCACGCCCCCCCCCAAGCCCGUCCACACCAUCGUGCUUGACGCCGGUCCCAUCCUCAAGAAUACCCCGCCGCUCUCCACCCUCCUCACACAAUGCGAGGAGCUGCUCAUCACCCCCUCCGUCGUCAACGAAAUUCGCGACCCCGCCGCCCGCCAGCGCGUCGAGACCCUCUAUCUCCCCUUCCUGAAGCAGCGCACCCCCUCCCCGAAGAGCGUGAGCGUCAUCAGCGAGUUCUCCCGCAAGACCGGUGAUCGCGCCGUGCUGAGUAAAACCGAUAUCGAGGUGCUGGCGCUGGCCUACGAGGUGGAGUGUGAGAGAAACGGGGGCGACUGGAGAUUGAGGAGUGUGCCCGGACAGAAGCGCGUGAACGGAAAGCCCCCCGUGAAGGAGGAGGCGGCGGCGGCGGCGGCGGAGACGGAGGGUGAGGGCGAAGCCGCAUCUGCGGGGGAGACCAAGGAAGAGACCAAGGCGGAGGGCACUGAGGUGGAUGCUGUCGCUGAGGACUUGAACAGCGCCAGCCUGGAAGACAAGAAAGACGAAGAGGCAGGCCCGCAGGAGACCGAAACUCCCGAGGCUCCCCAGGAGACUCCCGAGGAGACCCCCGCAGAGGCAGAGACAGAGGAACUGGCCCCCGAGGAGGAGGAGGACGAUGACUCUGACGGUGGCUGGAUCACCCCCUCCAACCUGAAGAAGCGACAGGCCCUUGACGAUGCCGGCUCCGCCGCUGCGGCGCCCGAGCCCAAGGUGAUGCAGGUUGCGACCAUGACUACGGAUUUCGCGUGCCAAAACGUGCUACUACAGAUGAACCUGAACCUGCUGUCCACCUCCACGCUGCAGCGAGUCCGUCAUCUCAAGUCCUUCAUCAAGCGUUGCCACGGUUGCUUCUCCACCACCCGGGAAAUGGAGAAGCAGUUCUGCCCGCGCUGCGGAAAGGACACCCUCACCCGUGUCGCCUGCUCGACCGAUGCCAACGGGCAAUUCAAGUUGCACCUGAAGAAGAACAUGCAGUGGAACAACCGGGGCAAUGUGUUCAGCGUCCCCAAGCCCACCCACGGCACCUCCAACGGAAAGUGGAAGGGCGGUGGUGGCAAAGGCGGCUGGGGAACGGAGCUGAUUCUCGCGGAGGAUCAGAAGGAGUUCGUGCGGGCCAACGCGGAGCAGAACCGCCGCAUGCGCAAGGAGCACGACCUCAUGGACGAGGACUACCUGCCCAGCAUUCUGACGGGCGACCGCAGCAGGAACGGGCGCAUUCGCGUGGGAGCGGGCAGAAACGUGAACUCGAGGAAGCGGUAAUGACAUGGCUUCCGAUCGAUUUGCAUGAACUUGGGUCGGCGUCUGGCUUACAAAAUUAUGACUGUUCUUGUCUAUGGCUUUUGAUGGAUUAUGAUGGUUGAAAUUCAACAAUUUAUAGAGCAUAUAGCAUAUGCUAGGCAACGGAU